AUGUUGAUCUCACUCUUCAAUUUGGUGCUACUACCAUUAAGUACUUUGUAUUUUGGUGUCCUAACCAUGUGGAAGAAAAAUAUCACUCAUAUUGGUGAGUUCAUCCUGGUGGGUUUCCCUGCUCCCCCUUGGCUUCGGGAGUUGCUCUUCUUCUUCUUCCUCAUCACCUACCUGUUUGUGCUGUUGGAGAAUUUAGUCAUCAUUAUCACUGUGUGGGUCACUGGAUCCCUGCACAAGCCCAUGUACUAUUUCCUGGGCACCAUGUCCUUUCUGGAGACCUGGUAUAUAUCUGUCACAGUUCCCAAGAUGUUGGCUGGAUUCCUACUUUGCCCCAAUACAAUCUCCUUCCUGGGGUGCAUGAUCCAGCUCUAUUUCUUCCUCUCACUUGCGUGUACUGAAUGUGUGCUGUUGGCUGCCAUGGCCUAUGACCGCUAUGUGGCUAUAUGUUGGCCUCUUCGAUAUCCACUCAUGAUGACCACUGAAUUUUGUGUUCAGCUGACCAUCGGUUCUUGGGUAAGUGGCUUCACCAUUUCCAUGGUAAAGGUAUACUUCAUCUCCCAAGUUGCCUUCUGUGGCAAUAAUAUCAUGAACCAUUUUUUCUGUGAUGUAUCUCCCAUCCUCAAACUGGCCUGCAUGGACUUUUCUAUGGCGGAGACAGUAGACUUUGCACUAGCCAUCGUCAUCCUUCUCUUUCCUCUCUCAGCCACUGUCAUUUCUUAUGCCUUCAUUGUAUCUACCAUCCUGCACAUUCCCUCAGCCACUGGGCAGCAGAAGGCCUUCUCCACCUGUGCCUCGCAUCUUACAGUGGUGGUCAUCUUCUACACAGCUGCGAUCUUCAUAUAUGUUCGACCUCGGGCCAUUGCUUCAUUUGACUAUAAUAAAUUAAUUUCAGUCAUAUAUGCGGUCUUCACUCCCAUGCUCAACCCUAUCAUCUACUGCCUGAGGAACAAGGAGGUCAAAGAUGCCAUCAGGAAAACCAUGGCAAGUGGUAGAGUUAUUUUCUUGACAGAUUCUCUUUGCUGA